AUGUCGCCUGCCGCGCAAGCGCCCCCGACGGCCGCCGAAAAACUGGCGUCCUUCUUCUCUCGUCUGAGCCCUGUGCCGUCCCUCCCCGACUACACCGGCCCCUACCAGGUCGGCACCGUUGACAUCGAGGUGCCCGUUUCCGAGCUUGAGUCGCCGAGCCCGACCCCUUACAGCGCCUCCGACAUCCACACUGUUCAGUGCCGCAUCUUCUACCCUGCGACCCCCGAGUCCAACGGCAAGAGGAUCAAUUGGCUGCCUUCGCCGCAGAGACAGCAUGUCUCGGCCUACACCCAGUUCAUUGGCAUCCGCCCGGUGCUCGCAGACAUCAUGUCAUUCCUCCCGCGACACUUGCACUACGCGACGAUUCCCGUCCACAAGAACGCCGAGAUCCUCGAACCCGAUACCCCGAACCGACGAUGGCCGACCAUGAUCUUCUCCCACGGUCUCGGCGGCAACCGGAACACGUACUCCCACCUGGCCGGCUCGCUGGCCUCCCACGGCAUCGUCGUCAUCUGCCCUGAGCAUCGCGACGGCAGCGCCGUGGCCUCCUUCGUGCGCAUCCCCGGCAAGCAGGAUCAGUACUUCAUGCGCGACACCCGCCGCGUCGUCCCUUAUGUCCGUCUCGAUCACGACGCGCGCCCCGAGAUCUACGAAGCGCGCGAGGACCAGCUGCGCAUCCGCCUGUGGGAGCUGGGCCUGAUCCACGUGGUGGCCAUGAACAUGGAUCUCGGCCUGGCCAUGUCAAACCUGAACAAGUCGACACCCAGCCUGACCCAGUUCAAGAACAAGCUUCACGUCCACGAGCCUGGGUGCAUCAUUUUCGGCGGCCACAGUUUUGGCGCCGCCUCCGUCGUGCAGUUCCUCAAGACCACGUACUAUUCUGAGUCCUCGGCCCUCGCCCAUGUCGCCAAGCCCCUCUUCACCCCGCGCAAGGACUCGGCGCUGUGCCGGCAGAUCACGGAAAAGAACGUCACUAUGCUUCUCGACAUGUGGUGCUUCCCGCUGCUCGCCCCAGGCUCCUCGGAGCUCUUCCAACUGCCCCUGCCGGCGUACGCGAACAAGCCCACGGCCCCUGGCGGCAGCGCCAUCCUCGCCGUCGAGUCGGACGCCUUCUUCAAGUGGAACGACCACCUCCACGUCACCGCCCGCGUGCUGUCGCCGCAGCCCUCGGUCAACGUCAUCACGUCGCAGCUCUUCAGCCGCAGCGGCGUCCGCCUCGCCGAGCCAAACUUCUUCUACGUCCAGAACUCGGCGCACUUGAGCCAGUCGGACUUUGGCGUCCUGUUCCCCUGGCUGACCAAGAAGAUCUUCAAGUCGGAGGAGCCGGAGCGCGCGUUGCGGCUGAACCUGAGGGCGCAGCUGCAGCUUCUGCGGUCCAACGGUGUGCCGGUGGCGAGGACGUGGAUCGGCGACCUGGUUGACGGCACGGGGUCCGGCAAGAUGGGCAUCUCGGGCGACGAGGACGGCGACAACGGGCCGCACGACGGGCUGAUGGACGACAAGACCAUCUUCGACCGCUCCGAGGGCAAGGUGCAGUACUGGAAGUGGAUCGACGUCAUCGGCAUGGGCGAGGCCAAGGAGGUGUCCAGUGCCGAGACGACGACCAACGGCGCCGGCGGUUCGGGCGUCAACGCGCAGGUUGCCGGCGUCGAGCGGACGGACCAGAACAUGGAGGACGAACUGGAGCCUCUGCAAGCGGUUGCAAGCGCCGCGCAGGCCGGAGCCGUGCGGUCAUGA